ACAUUACCUAUACCAUCAUUGAUGGAAACUAUGGAGCUAAAUGGACCAACAAGGUGGUGUCUCCAAGGAAGGUUCAAGAUGGUGAGUUUAUAAGUCCAAGAUCUGAUCCAUUACAUAUUAAAGAUGGUCCAAUGACAUGGGCUAGGGCUAAUAAGCUUAAAUAA